AUGAUGUUCCCAGCAACUGCCGAGUGGAACAGAGCAGCUGAUGGCCGCAGGCGUCCAGCGGCGGUGAUGAGGCGUCCCCGGGGCGUGGGCAGAGGGGGCGUUGCCCCCGUCGACCUGCCCCCUUCCCGCCAGCCCACCCUCACACCCCUACAGGCUGGGGCGGACCCCACCUGCCUCGUCACCCCGGCCGCCCACCCCAGGGGAUCCCCGGGGCGCCUCACCCCAGUCUCCCCCGUCCCCAGGCGCCUCCACAGCCUCCCGACGGAGCCUCUCGACGUGCGGCUUCUGGCGGGGCCGCCCUCCCAGGGGUGCCCAGGACCAUUCCAUGGGUGUCCAGGGCCCUCCCAAAGGUGUCCGGGACCCUCACAGGGGUGUCCAGGGCCCUCACAGGGGUGUCCAGGGCCCACACAGAGGUGUCCAGGGCUCUCACGAGGGUGUCCAGGCCCAUUCCAGGGGUGUCCAGGACCCUCACAUGAGUGUCCGAAGUCUUCACAGGAGUGUUCAGAGCCGUCGCAAGGGUCGCCCCCGCCCCCUACGCUACCGGAAGACCCAGGGCCGCCCCCUCUCGGGGACGAUCACCCACACCUCGCCAACUCCUGCGCCCACUGUGCCUCCCCCAGGAUUGUUACUUCAGCUUCUGUUGCUUCUGUUGCUUCUGUUAUUGAUGCAGCUGCUGCUCCUGAUGCUGUUGCUUCUGUUAUUGAUGCAGCUGCUGCUCCUGAUGCUGUUGCUUCUGUUAUUGAUGCAGCUGCUGCUCCUGAUGCUGGAGCUUCUGUUGCUUCUGUUAUUGAUGCAGCUGCUGCUCCUGAUGCUGGAGCUUCUGUUUCUUCUAUUAUUGAUGCAGCUGCUGCUCCUGAUGCUGGAGCUUCUGUUGCUCCUGUUGUUGAUGUUGUUGCUAUCAAUCCAACUUCAGUUUAA